AUGUCGAAGUCCGCAUCACAUCCGCAACAGGCCCGAGUGCAGAAAGUGUGCACCCUAUGGACGCAUGACGACAACUUCUCAAGAGAUGAAAUCGUGUUUAACAGCGAGAAAUUUCCCGAGGUCCCAACCGGUGCUGGUUCCUUGCUUCAGAUAGUAGCCAUACAGGAAGAUAACGCCAUUCGCAAUUUCCAUGCAGGGCCGAAGAGCGCACAGCAUGAUAGCGCACAACACAAACACGACGCAUCUUCUAGAGAUGUUCACAACCAGGGCCAUCCGAGGAGACAUCGUCGAGACUCGAACACGAUAACCCUCGAUGAGAAUGGAUCGACUAUUCCCGGUGGUCGCGACGUCGACGCGGACAAAGCCUAUGUGUUUGUCCCAAAACCUCUUUCUCCAGACCUGAAGUCAAAGUAUCCGAACCUGCAGGUUUCUAUAUCCGAGCGCAUUGCCAAGGUAUUCGGAUUCCGCAAUAGGAUGCAAGUUGUGGUGACAGAGGCUGAUGAAGACCUACAUGAAGCUCAUCAUGUAGAAAUCGUGUUUCGUGAUGAGUAUCUCGCACGCGCAGAUAUGUGGCGCAUGGCAAUCUCUGAGCUCAGCAAACGUACCGUUUACCGAGGCCAGAGACUACUGUUCAUGGGGACCAUCAAAGCUACCAUCAAGCACAUCUACAUCAAUGGCCAGUCUGUCCAUUCUGGUUAUUUUUCGCCCAAGUCGAAACCCAUAUUUCGCAGCGAGUCGGCACGUUACACUCUGUUUAUCCAGAUGUCUCGGGAGAUGUGGGACUUUGAUACCGAAGGUGCCGGAGAGAUUAUGUUUAACAAAGUUGUCAGCGGCUUCCUCCCGGAUCUUUUUAAAAGAUGGCUGAGAAUCAACGCACGACAUCUUGUCACUAUCAUCCUCUUUACUCGAAUGCAAUACGACGGCGAAUUAGUAGCUGAUCAUCUUGAGGGAGCGACAAGCGACACACACUUUGAUUCGCAUUCGGGCACUUUCAGAGAUUACUAUCGAGUCGUUGUAAGCGACAUGGCUAGUGGUGACUGGAUCAACAUCUUGUAUCAGCUCAAGAAAGAGUUUAGAAUGUUCCUUCGCGAGGUGUCUCUUGUGCGCAAACCAGUAAAGCAAGUCGCGAACAAAGAUGAUGUAGGUGUGGAUGGUCCAAUGUCUGAAUUUGUCGUCGCUGGAAGGCCAUCAUCUGCAAGUCAAGGCAACAUUCUUGAAGCUAUCAACCUAGCCGCAGCUCAGUUUUCCAAAGACUACAUUGAUCGCGACCUCGUUCGAACAGGUAUCUCCGUCAUAGUCGUCAGUCCUGGAACAGGUGUUUUCGAGGUGGACUACAACAUGCUCAAAUUGACCACAGAUACACUUAUUGGAUCAGGCAUCGGCAUCGACUUGGUGUGCCUCUCACCAAUGCCACUUCAUUCAGUACCUCUUUUCAAGUAUCAAACUCCUCGCUCGGUUUCCGACUUGAAGGCUGAGCAAGAGAAACACCAUGCAACUCUAGGAGUCUCGCGGACUGAAGAGGACAAAACUCCCCGUCAAAGUCAGCCUAUUUUUGGUUCCGUUUCUCGCGCCUCCACCAUGCAACACAUACCGACAGACGACUCUGCAGAAGCUACAGACAACUGGAGAUUCGCAAUGCCAUAUUGGGUGGAUAUCUCUUUCUGGUCUGGCACUUCUGAAGAGAUCUUGGAGCUUACAAAACCUCGGAAAGCCGACAAAAUAGUGAAGAAGUCUCGAAAAAAAGGUCGCAUCUUCUCCCUCAGAUGCCGUAUUUUUGAACUCCAAAUGAUGGGUGUUAUGGAGAAUGAAAUGGGAGACGUUGCUAUUCCGUACCUGGAAGAAGACCCAAUGUACCCACACCAUCUUCGUGAAUCGUUCGACCGAGACGAUGGUGACCAGAAAACAGUCACUAUAGUCAAACGCUCAACUACUGGAGCAAGUUCCUACUCUUCAAAAGGGGACAAAGAGUAUGGGAAUGACCAAUUAGACGAAAGUAGAACUGCGUACAAGAACUGGAUGGAAGCAUAUGACAAUGGCGUGUUCUCUCCAAUCAUGGAAAGACGCCCCGAAUCAGAGUAUCGAGUACAUCAAAGAAGGCCGAGCGACCAGCUAUCCAGUGGCUCACCCAAACUAUCCAGGAGUUUUCAACUUUCUUCUUCAUUCCGCAGUGUCGGCCCGUCGAUCCCUAAAACCGCCCGUCCACCACCUGAAAACAACUUCCCACAACUUAUGCGUGAGAAGGCAAAAGAGGUCGAGAGUCAUUCUCCCCGUGGUACUGUCUAUCGCAUGUCUGAUCACAAAGUCGAAGGCAUGCCACGUGCUGACAUCCUGCAACGGCAAAAGAACUUGGCAAGAGGCAGUGUCAGUAUGGGGCGUCCAGUAUCGCACAAAAGAGGGGAUUCUGAGGAUUCUCAAAGCCACCAUCCUUCCAUGCAAGCCACCCCAAAGCACUCUCCUGCACCCAGCCGAGGAGUGUCUCCUUCGAGGCGAGCCGGUCUCCCUCCUCUCACUGGCGCGGCAACGACCACUUCAACCAAGGCUGAGAUAAAAAGUAGACCUUCCAACUGGUUUCUGAGACAGAUGAGUUUUGGUGGAAAAGCAGCGCCAGCCAAACCAACCCUCGGAGACGCUACUAUCGAUAUCAGCCAAGGCAAGGUUAAACCUGCCAUGCUGACUGUUGAGAAUAACCAAAAGGGGGUCAUUGCCGAAAGGUUGGCAAGCACUCGUCACACUUCUACGGAGAAAGCUUCGCAGCCUAUUGCCAUCAAACCCGCAUCGCGCACUGGCCCUUUGUCAGCCGAGUCGCUCGCUUCUGAUCGGGCUAGCCGUUCUAUUGAGACUGUCAGAGGCAUGAGAUUCAAUAAACCAUCUAUUCCUUCCCAAUCUAGCUCGGCCGUUCGAGAUCCUGGGUCCACGUUCCUUCUUGCGGGUGCUCGCGGGACGGGGGAGCAUGUUGGACCAAAACCAGAUCUGUCUUCCAGCGGAGGUGCUAGAGAUGUUCCACGGACUUUAUCCCCUACAAGUGCCAUCUCGCCCUGGGCAGUCUUGGUCAAUCCUUGUAAUCCAAAAAGGAAUAACAUCAACUCCAAAAAUCAAUAUCGGCGCUGGCAUCACGUCUUCCCUAGAACGCUACGAACCGGUACCGUGAAAUGGAGGUCGUUAUGCUCGCCCGCCGCUGUCCCUUUGACUCAUGAGUGGUUCCCUACUGUCGAACAAGUCGCAUCGGAAUAUAAUGAGAGCCCAUACAAGAUCACACAAAACGAAGAUGAUGAUAUGCCAGAGGCUCCAAAGAGCAGGGAGUCCCUCAUCAAGGAGCUCAUCGCUUUUCGUCUUUCUCACGGAUUUCAGAUUGUGGUAGGCUCUUCUGUUGCAGAGUUUUCAGGGCGACAAGAGAAAACCCUCGCUAGCAUCCUAGCACCUGAAUACAUGUCCAACGAUGGAGACACCGUUUUUAUGAGCGUGGGAAAUAGCAUCCAUCAACUAGUUUGUGUAGCAGGUGGAGAAGUAGAGGUAAGACGAUACAACCGAAAGCCCACGACAGCUUUGGAAUCCUCCGCCGGCGUCGAUCAGCCCUUUCCGUAUCGAGCCUACAUCCGUACGGCUUUUGAAGACACCUAUAACCCCAGAGACGUAAUCCUAAGGCCACCACGAAGGGAGUACAAUUGGAAUAUCAUCGAUACAUUCCUGGCUGGCUAUCAUGAUGAGUUUUCUGAAAUCCUACGCUUUUGGAGAGCACGUUUCGUCUUGAUUCCUGUUGAGAUACCGGCAGUGCAUAGGCGGCCACUUCCAAUGCUUACUGAAGACUCUGAGGAGGAGAUACGUUUAGAGGGGAUCCGAAAGCUCACGCAGCUGUGGCAAAAAUUCCGUUUCAUAUCUCCCGAAGAGCGUUAUUCUCAGCCCUCUUAUGUUUCGAAACAGAAAGACCCAAAUCCCCUUGCAAUUGAAUACCACACUCGCGAUCCCUCGGCGGUCGUAGCGGCAGGACUAGGCAACUCUUUACUUGAAGACACAGACAGCGAGUUCCAGAACUCUGUCUUCCCAGACUCUGAAAAGUACCAUACAUCGAACAUUGAUAUUAAGAAGCUUGCAGAAGACUUGCAAGGUGAGAAAGGCAUUCAGAUGCUUGAUCGCCGAUGGCACUUGAAAUUGCACUACAAUUGCUUCUUAGGCUUUGACUUAACCAACUGGCUCCUCUCGAAUUUCAAGGACAUUGAAACUAGAGAUGAAGCUGUAGAUUUCGGAAACGAACUCAUGCACAAGGGCCUAAUUCAGCAUGUGCAGCGAAGACAUCCGUUUCGUGACGGCAAUUUCUUUUUCCAGAUUGCGGCAGAAUAUCGGGCUCCUCGAGUUGAGUCGCGAACGGGAUGGUUUGGCAUGCGAAAGACAGACAAGUCAGUUCCUUCUACGCCACUCUCAGAGGCGCCACGGACAUCGCCUUUGAUCUCGAAGACCAUCAAGUCACGACCUAGCACGGGGGAUUCAUCAUCUACAAACUCUGACUCUCCCCGAGAAGGCGAAAAAACUCCAACACGUGCUGAGCCUCCUAAGAGGAAAGUCAUUCUGUCCCGCGUUAUGCGGUACGAUGUGGAUCCUAGGAAGCGUUCAUACCGCCCUGAGAUUAUCUCGCUACACUAUGAUCGUCUACAUAACCCUGACAAUUGCUAUCAUAUCCGCAUCGAUUGGAUGAACGUAACGGCAAAGCUUAUAGAAGAUUCUAUUGUUACCUGGGCUACAAGCGUAGAGAAGUACGGCCUAAAACUCGUCGAAGUCCCUAUCGCCGAGGUAGCAAACAUUGUUGACCAUCACCCCUUCCGGUCUCCAUAUCUUGUCAAACUAGCACUCCAGCCUCCCAAAUCCCAGCCGGAGAAUAUGUGGGACUCAACUAGCUUCUCUCCUCAAUACUCUAGGACAGACAAAUUUGUGUAUCAUAAAGCUCUGUUACGGAGGUUGAACUUUGUUCUUGACAUGGAAGCUGCUAGCGCAUUUCCACCAGACGUGGAAGUAACGUAUUCCUGGGGUAAUCCAGACUACAAGUACACGCAGUUCAUUCAUCGCAGUGGAGGAGUGCUCGCUCAAAUCACCGACGAAGGAAACUUCUUGCUGCUAGCAAAUCGCCUCGCACAUAAUCGUGCCAAAGACAACAGUAGAAUCCGCCAUGUCGACCCUUAUGAGCACAAAAAAGCGACAAUGGACGGUAGCCAAAGCAGUCGCAUGCCCUCAACACCAGCAGCAGAGCGUGGUAAUCCGCAUCGUAGUCCCUUUUCCAGUCCCUUGGCUCGGCCAGUCCAGGAUGCUAGCCUGUUACACACCGCACUCACCAGCCACGAACAGAGAUCAUCUACAGCCACCACACCGCAUCUUGCAGCUAUCACUUCGCUAACUCCCGAGCAAGUCAAGGACGAAGUAGAAGCAUUCUGCUCCAACAUCUCUCUCCUCUCUUCCUUCUACGCCGAAGGACUCCGCCACGCCCCUUCGCCUUCGCCACGAAUCCUACCCGUAGGCGAUGACAAGAUACCAAGCCUAGGCUUACCCCCAGCGAUUAGCAUUAGAGAUGCAAGUCCGGCGGCUGGAGGGUGGACGCUGAGCAGUACGUUUGGAGGGCCUAGUGGCAUAGCCGGAAGAAGACAGGGUAGCGAGGGAAGCAUGUUUAACCUGGGGAGGCGCGGUAGUGCUUUUGAAGGCAUGGAGGGUGGGCCACGAAGGGAGAAUAGUCAGGGAAGUGUUAGUAGCGGUAUAUAGACAUGUGAGAGUGGACGUCGUUUUCAUGGGAUGGGGAUUUUCUUCUUUUUUUUUUCUUCUUGCGAGUGUAAUGGAGAAGGCGGUGUCGAGGUUUGUUUGGCGUAGGAAAGGUACUGCGCCUGACCAUCACUAGUUUCUAGCUUCAUAACCUCGUUACCGGCUCGUUUGGGUAUUCUAGAGGAUCAUCAAGACGUGUUUUCCAUAUUUCUUGCCAUCAGUGUCACGUUUUUAGAUCAUUUGAUAGUCGGCAU